AUGCAUUCCACACAAAUGUACGCGCAGACGACGAAAACUCUGCUCUCUCGCGCGCGACAAAAACAAGUUUGCGAAAAACAGUCGUCGUUUUUGUUUUCAUCCUCGUCCUCUUUUUGCAGGAGAUCCAAAAGUCAUCGUCGUAAGAAACCAUCAUCAUCGAUUGGAAACAUCGCUGCCGCCGCCCUCAACUCAAACACCACCACCAUGAAAAGUCGUCGUCAAACAAUCAUCAGAGACAUCGUCCUGGUCGGCGGCGGACACUCGCACGUCUUCGUUCUGAAAAAUUUCACCAUGCACCCAGAACCUGGCGUGAGAAUCACGCUCGUCGCGAAAGACGUGAUGACGCCGUACAGCGGUAUGCUUCCCGGAAAUGUCUCCGGGAAGUACACGUACGAGGAGUGUCACGUGGACUUGGGGAAGUUAUGCCGCGAAGGCGGACAUCGAUUGAUACACGACGAGUGCGUCGGGAUCGACGACAAAAGUAAGAGAGUUUUGUUAAAGAAUCAACCGAGCGUGAAGUACGACGUGUGCAGCUUGGAUGUUGGGAUUACGCCGGGGAUGUUGCCGGGAGCGGCGUCGUCCUCGAAUUCGCCGUCGGAAGCCUCGGCGAAGAGUGAGAGCGCGAAAGAAGAGGCGCUUCUCGUCACGCCGGUGAAACCAAUCGGGACGUUUGCGACGAGGUUUGAGACCGUUCUGAGACACUUCAAAGAAUUGUGCGAUGAGAAGAGGAAAGAAGAUGAACGGUUUCGAGUGGUGGUCGUCGGCGGCGGCGCCGGAGGCGUGGAACUCGCUUUGGCCAUGGAGCGAAGGUUCGCCAGCGAAGUUGGCCUGACGUCGUCAUCCUCUUCCUCCUCCGACGCUGCGUUGCCGUAUCAGUUCGCGCUCGUGACGAGGGGUGAAGUCCUCAAAGGACACGGAAAAUCUGCGCGGGAGAAAAUAUUAGCGGCUUUGAAAGCGAGAAACUUUGAAGUGUACGAGAACGACGGCGUCGAAGAAGUGGCGGAGUCGAGUUUGUCUUUAGAGUCUGGGAAGAAACUCGGUUUUAACGAGUGCGUGUGGUGCACGGAUGCGAAAGCGCAGAAAUGGCUGCGUACGAAUACAAACUUAGAGUUGAAUGAAAAAGGGUUCGUAAACAUUAAAGCGACUUUAGAAUCGACGAACAUUCCAGACGUCUUUGCGGUUGGCGACGUGUGUAACAACGUCGAACAUCCGAGACCAAAAGCGGGCGUGUACGCCGUCAGACAAGGUCCGCCUUUAGCAGAGAACUUACGAAGACGGUGCGUUGGAGAAAACGUCGUCCCGUUCACGCCGCAAAAGACGUGCCUAGCGCUCAUUAGCACUGGCGACGGUCACGCCAUCGCGUCGUACGGAUCUCGAUCUUGGGGCGCGCACGAUACCGCCGUCGGCGAAAGAUUGUGGCGGUGGAAAGAUAAAAUCGAUAAAAAGUGGAUGAAAAUGUACGAACCGAAUUUAGAGAUGCUGGAAAAAAUGGAACGCGAAGAGCAGGAGAACGCGCUAAAUGCUAAAGCGAACAAAGUUGCCGCGUUUGCCGGACAAGAGGCGCUAGAUGCGAUUAAAGCGACGCCGAUGCGAUGCGGCGGAUGCGGCGCGAAAGUCGGCUCCACGAUAUUAUCGCGAGUUAUGAAACGAUUAGAACCGAUUCCAACGCAUCCGAACGUUUUGCUCGGCGCAGGUGACGACGCGUCUAUCGUUGAAACCUCUCCUGGUAAAGUUUCUGUCCAAACGGUUGAUUUUUUUCGAAGUUUCAUCGACGAUCCGUACGUGUUUGGCCAAAUCGCCGCCGUCCACGCGCUCGGCGACGUGUGGGCGAUGAACGCAGACCCCGUGAGUGCGCUAGCGACUGUCGUCGUCCCGUUUGGCAUCGAAUCGGAAGUUGAAGAAACGUUGUUUCAACUCAUGUCUGGCGCGUGCGACGCGUUGCGCGACGCCGGGUGUGCCCUUGGCGGCGGCCAUUCUGGCGAAGGCGCGGAACUCUCGCUCGGUUUCUCCGUCACCGGCGAAGUCGAAAAAGAUUUGAUUUUGAGGAAAACGAGCGUCGAAUCCGGUCAAGUUCUCGUUUUAACCAAACCAAUCGGUACCGGCGCUUUGUUCGCAGCCGACAUGCGGUCCCGAGCGAAAGCCUCGGACGUCCAAAAAGCUUUAGAAAGCAUGCGACAACCGAGCAAACGCGCGGCGGAAAUUCUCUUCCUCCACGGCGCCACCGCGUGCACGGACGUCACUGGCUUUGGUAUUUUAGGCCAUCUUCACGAAAUGAUCAAAGACAGCGCCACUUCAGGUGCCACUAUUGAUUUAAGUUCACUCCCUUUACUCGACGGCGCCGUCGAGUGCGUACAAAACGGCAUCACCAGUAGCCUCCAAAAGUCCAACGCGCGGUUAAACCGAGCGAUAGCGAACAUCGACGACGUGAAAAAUUUCUCCGCCUAUCCACUCUUAUUCGAUCCACAAACCGCCGGCGGUAUGCUCGCGACGAUUCCAGCGAACGAAGCGACUGAGUGCAUUCAAAAACUUCGCGAAAACGGAUACGCCUCUUCCUCCGCGAUUGGUAAAAUAGUCCAAUGCGACUUAUCCACCGGCGUCGGCCUCGGUCGCGUGUUUGUCGAAAACGCAGAGGAAGGGAUCUCAUUUGACGGAUUUUAG